AUGAGUAAGAGGAAAGGCAAAGUGAUCUGUGAUGUGACAGCUGUCAAGAGCCGUCGAGUGACAGCUGUGUGCACCGAAGAUCUACCAGAUGAUACAAACCAUCAGGGACCGUCCUUCAGCAGCUUUUCUCACGCUGCCACGGGAGACAUUGGCCUCAUUGAAAGCAUCACUCUGAAGAAUUUCAUGUGUCACCACUUCCUCAGUCCGUUCCACUUUGGGCCCAAUGUCAAUUUUAUUGUCGGCAACAAUGGAAGUGGAAAAAGUGCCAUCCUGACGGCUCUGAUCGUAGGCCUCGGCGGAAAGGCCACUGUCACCAACAGAGGACUGUCACUGAAGGAUUUUGUGAAGAUGGGGGAAAAUACUGCAGAUAUAACGGUAAAACUGAGAAACCGAGGACCAGAUGCUUAUAAAAAGGACGUCUAUGGCGACUGCAUCUCCAUCGAGCAUCGGAUCUCAGGUGACGGAUGUCGGAUCUGCAGGCUGAAGAGCAAAUCAGGACAACUUAUUUCAAACAAGAAGGAGGAAUUGACCGCCAUUUUGGACCACUUCAACAUCCAGUUGGAUAACCCAGUGUCCAUUCUCAACCAAGAAAUGAGUAAACAGUUCCUGCAUUCGAAGAGUGAAUCAGACAAGUAUAAGUUCUUUAUGAAAGCAACUCUGCUGGAACAGAUGAAGAGGGAUUACAUCCAUAUCAAACACACUAAAACAGUCACACGACAGCAGGUUGAGAGACAAGAGGAGUGUCUCAAGGACCUUAAGCAAGAGUUCCUUCAGAGGAAAGAGAGGUAUGAAAAUUUAUCGUCCUUCAGCGAGAUGAAAGAGGCUUUGGAGAAUCUGAAGAAAGCAAUGGCAUGGUGUUUGGUCAGAGACAAAGAGCAGUUGGUUCAACAGUUGGAGGAGGACAUUGAAAAGGAAGAGAAUAAUUACAAACACGAGGAAAACCUUCAGCUCUGUCAGACUAAGGUCACACAAGUAGAGAAGAAGCUUCAGUGCGUCAAAAGCAGAAUCGACAGUCUGAGAGAAGAACAAGAGUCUCUAUCAGAGGACAGUCUCAAGUUGAAGGAGCAAGUGAAGGUCCUAAGCAAAGAUCACAAUGAACAGGAGCUUGUUUAUUUUCGGGCUGUGAACAAACUUAAGCAGUCAGAGCGGGAGCAAAACCUCCUUCAGGAGAAAAUAAACAAGGCAAAAACAAGUGUAAGUCUGAGCAGUGAUGGAGAGACGGAGUAUACAAAACAACAGGAGACCUUAUCCAAUGUGAAGGAGCAGCUUGCAGAGCUGGAGAACAAGUGCACGCAGCUGAAUCAAGAGAUCAACAACAAACAUCAGGCACUUUUCAAAGGAAAGGAGGAGCGAGACAAACUAAUACUGGAGGAGAGAAAUAUUCAGGUUUCGUACGAGUCCAAACUGAAGAGGAGGGAUCAGCUCCUCGCCAGUCGAUCCAACAAACUGAAGCGGUUUGGAGAUCAUGUACCCGAUCUGCUGGGUUCCAUUGCUGAGGCUUACGCUACGGGACGCUUUCUCAAGAAACCCAUCGGCCCAAUAGGUGUGUGCAUCAGCCUGAAGGAUCCCACCUUAGCGGUAGCUGUGGAGUGCUGCCUGCGCAGCUUCAUGAAAGCUUUCUGCUGUGACAACUACAAGGACGAGGCGGUCCUUCAGGAGCUCAUGUCUCGUUAUUAUCCAAAGGGACACAGGCCGCAGAUCAUCGUCAGCCCUUUCUCUGAAAAAGUUUACAACAUACAUGGACGGAAAGCAUCUCAUCCAGAAUACCCAUCUGUGCUCGACAUAUUCACAGCAACAAGCCCGAUCAUUAUCAACUGCCUGAUUGAUAUGAGAGGGAUUGAAUCAAUUCUGAUAAUCAAAGAGAAAGACAAAGCGAGGAAGGUCAUGCAGCAAGGCCGGCCGCCUAAAAACUGCCGUGAGGCCUUCACUGCAGAGGGAGAUCAGGUGUAUCCAAACCGUUACUACACCUCUGACUUGAGCCUGGCCAAAUAUCUUGGCGGGGAUCUUGAAAGUGAAAUAAGCAUGUUGGAGUCAGACCUGGAGAAUCACCAGGCUCAGCUGUCCAGGUUUCAGCUCCACGUGACCUCGGUGACUGAGGACAUCAUGAGAAUGGAGAGCGAGCUGAACAUCACCAUCAUGACCCUGAAGAGGACUCUGGUGUCUGUUAAUCAAGUCAAGGCAACAGUAACUGAGCUGGAGACUGCUGGCGAGGAGCAAAUCGAUGACAUCAGCUCUUUGGAAGAAGUCGCCCACGAGAACCAACAGAAAAUCGACGCAGAAAAACAAGCUGUUGAUGAAGCAAAGAAAGAGCUCGACAAGCACCGGAAGAUGGUGGAAGACAUCAGCUGCAAGUACUCAUCAGUCAGAGAACGGAUUGAUCAGCUUUCUGAGGAAAUGGAGCCGUUGAAGGAUGAGCAGCUGAAACUGGAGGCAGAGUGUGCAAAGCAUGAACGAAACCUUAAGAUUUUCGAACACAAACUGAAGUCUCAUGAAGACAACAUCCACGCUAUGAAAAUUGACCUUGCCCAAAGAGAAGAAGAGUUACAGGACUAUGUGGCCAAAGCCUCAAAGAUCAGUCCUGAGCGGCAGCAGGUGACCGGCAGCACCAAGAGCGUCGACACAGAAAUCACUCGGCUGAAGAGGAAGAUGAAAGUGUACGAGAGCAGCCACGGCGAGCACGAGCAGGUGGUCAGGGAGUACGCUGAGGCCCUGACUCUCUACAGAGAGAAAACCAACCAAGUGAGGGACCUGCGGAGGUUCAUCGAUCGACUCGAUAACAUCAUGUCAGACAGGCAGAACAGAUACAAAAUAAUGCGUAGGUCUCUCUCUGUCAGAUGCAAGUUAUAUUUCAACAACUUCCUGAUAAAGAUGAACUGCUGUGGCUCAAUGAUUUUUGAUCACAACAACGAGACACUGUCAAUCUCGGUAAAGCCUCCAGGCAGGGAGGAUGAUGGUGUGAGUGACAUGAGGUCGCUGUCUGGUGGUGAGCGCUCCUUCUCCACUGUUUGCUUCAUGCUCUCUCUGUGGGAGAUCACUGAAUCCCCCUUCAGAUGCCUCGAUGAGUUCGACGUCUACAUGGAUAUGCACAAUCGGAGAAUUUCUCUGGAUCUCCUCCUGGAGCUGUCAGAGCGGCAGCACCUCCGCCAGUUUAUCUUCAUCACUCCCCUGACCACCAGGAGUCUACCCAAAAGCAGGCUCAUCAAAAUCCACCAGCUUCAAGAUCCAGAAAGAAACCAGAGUGAAACGGGGGAUGAAGAUGUUUGAAAUGGGCUCCAGUGACAGACAUGAGGAAUGUUUAUCUGCACUAUUACUGUAUAUUCAGUAUUACGGUAUGUGUCUGGGAGUGGCUGUAAAUGUCUCUUGUGUUUGCAGGGAUAAAUAAUGAUGUAUGUGAACUUAUCCUAUUAACAUUUUAUUAAUGUUAUUUUCACUUCGAAGGCUUUGUUUUUGUUUUGGUCCUGGCCAGGAACCAGGGACUUUUAGGGAUGACAGACCUCUGGGUGCUGCUAGCUGGAGUUACAGAAUUAUAUCAGAAUAUUUAUUAUCAGGACAGACAUUGGUUGAUAUUAGUGACUGAAGUUAGUUUGAGAAGCCAGAGUGUCCUGUAACUGGGAGGUCACAGAAACAGCACAUUUAAUCGUAUGUAACUAACUUCUCUGCUAAAUGAACUAGUAAUGGUGAACAAUAGUGUUUUGUGUCAAAGGUCAUACACUGUGCAACUUUAAACCUGAAGUGCUGUUUGUGCUCACUAGGCACUGACUGGUCUCAUUCUCUUUAACACAUUUUAUGUGUUUUUAUGAAAUUCUCUUGCCAGGCCUGGAGUUAUCUUCUAUUUUCUAUUGCAGUAAUGCAACAAAUCAACUCAACUGAUGACUUGUGUAUUUGUAAUGUCUGUAAUGUUUGUAAUAUGAUACCCUGAAGAUGUUUUUAAAAACUGCUUUUUUACCUCAGGAAUCUGGUAUCACAAGAUUUUUCAUCUGUGAAACCAGGACACUUCUCAACUUGUCAGUAUUUUUUUUUUUUUUUUUUUACAGGCAUUUUGUCUGUAAAAUUUGCUCCUAAUCACUGAUCCAGCAGCUGUUAACAGCUGUUAACUGUCAUUUCUGUGAAAAACUGUAACCAUAAUUAGAAUAAAUCUUA